CCCAGUCCCAGCCGUGCACUGGCUGCUGGGGUCCUUGCGCCCUGGGGCUCCGUGCGGACGUGCGCCAGUGGCCCGGGUGCGAGGGGAUCUGGACUGAUUCAAGUGGCUGCGGCGGCGUAAAGAGAAAGGACAGGAGGAGGAGGCGGCGGCGGCGUUGGAGUCAGAGGACGUCUUAGAGCUGCCGGGAAGAUGUUGGGUGUUGCGGCGGGAAUGACCAACAGAAAUUCACCUGUGGCAGAGGGAGGCAGCAGUAAACAGCACCUGGGAUUGAGGAGUGAAGAACCAACUCAAACGGGGCACCUGGGCUGGACUCCGGGCAUUCCUGAUGGAAGCAAUAUGGCAAAUGCCCUGGCUAAUGCCCUAUGUGAACGCUGCAAAGGAGGCUUUGCACCCGCCGAGAAGAUUGUGAACAGCAAUGGCGAGCUGUACCAUGAGCAGUGUUUUGUCUGUGCCCAGUGCUUCCAGCAGUUCCCUGAAGGGCUCUUCUAUGAGUUUGAAGGAAGGAAGUACUGUGAACAUGAUUUUCAGAUGCUUUUUGCCCCAUGCUGUCACCAGUGUGGUGAAUUUAUCAUUGGUCGAGUUAUUAAAGCCAUGAACAACAGCUGGCACCCUGGAUGCUUCUGCUGUGAUCUCUGCCAACAAGUCCUAGCAGACAUCGGGUUUGUCAAGAAUGCUGGGAGACACCUUUGUCGUCCUUGUCAUAAUCGUGAGAAAGCCAGGGGCCUUGGGAAAUAUAUUUGCCAAAAGUGCCAUGCCAUCAUUGAUGAGCAGCCUCUUAUAUUCAAGAAUGACCCUUACCAUCCAGAUCAUUUUAACUGUGCCAACUGCGGGAAAGAAUUGACUGCUGAUGCUCGUGAAUUGAAGGGAGAACUAUAUUGCUUGCCAUGUCAUGACAAAAUGGGGGUCCCCAUUUGUGGAGCCUGUAGACGGCCUAUUGAAGGACGUGUUGUAAAUGCUAUGGGCAAGCAAUGGCAUGUGGAGCAUUUUGUCUGUGCCAAGUGUGAGAAACCAUUUCUUGGGCAUCGUCAUUAUGAAAGGAAGGGUCUGGCAUAUUGUGAAACUCACUACAAUCAGCUAUUUGGCGAUGUUUGUUUCCACUGUAACCGUGUCAUCGAAGGGGAUGUUGUUUCAGCCCUGAAUAAGGCCUGGUGUGUGAACUGUUUCGCCUGUUCUACUUGCAACACUAAGUUAACUCUCAAGAAUAAAUUUGUGGAGUUUGACAUGAAGCCUGUCUGUAAGAAAUGCUACGAGAAGUUUCCGUUAGAACUGAAGAAAAGACUUAAGAAAUUGGCUGAAACCUUGGGGAGGAAAUAAUUACUUUUUGUUUGUUUGUUUGUUUGUUUUUUAAUUUCUUCCUUCAUAUGCAAAGAUAAGGAAAUGUUACCCGUGUUACUUGAUUUCAUUCACCCUCCUACAAGGUUUUAUCCCAUAAGAGUGAGGAUUUAAAAGCUUCUGUACACAAAUAGCUUCACAAUGUUGUUAUACUGUUCUUCUUUCCCUUGAAGAACUGUAACUUUUGUAUGGCCAUAUUUAGGACACAGCUGAAAUUCUGUAUUUGCCUUCUCAACAGAAACUCAUUUGUAGAUAGACUGUACUUGCAUAGCAAGUUUCAUAUGAUUAAAUUUAAAUUAAUUCAGGCAAAAAAAACCCUAACUUAUUUUUAUGAAAGUCUUAGUUUUUGGAUGAUUCAGCUACCAAAUUUUGGAAUAAUUUUGAAUCAGAGUCAAGAGAAAAUUACUGCCAUUGAGCAAAAAUUAACAAGCAAAUCUUAAACUUUUUGUGCAUCAGAUUAAAGAUCUUGACUUUCAGGUUACUAAGACAAAAAACAAAUUUAUUCAGAAUUACUUGAAUUUUGCAUUUUUCUGUUAAAUGCAAUAAUUAUCCUGCAUGGUUUUGUAUUUUACUCUUAUUCUUUAUGAAUCUUAGUGCUUCAUUCAGAUACAUAAUAUAGUAGUUAGGAUAUCUAGCAAAUAUGUAUGCAUUUUUUAAAAUUUCUUUUUUUUUUGUGCAGAGAAUUUAUACCAGGUAUUUGAAAAUACAUUAUACUUUAACUAUAUUGGACAUAUGAAGUAUUUUUUAAUGUAUUAAAGCAAGUAUUCUUAUCAUGAUUCUAGGCUUAAUGUCAAAGCUAUAGUCUUAGAAUAGGACGUAAAACUCAAUUUUAUGUAAUCUUGGAAUGUUGACACUUAAAAACAGUGAAUGUAUGUAUCUGUAUUGGUCAGACUUCUUUUAAUAUUCUCUCUAAUAGCUAUGCUUUAUAUACAAUCAAACACACUUUGCCUUAGAAAAUUGCAUCUUUUAAUCACAAAUUCUUGCUGCUUGGUACAAUACCAAAUAAAAAAAAAAAACCAAGUGAAUUUAAUUAGACUAGUAAACCCAAAUUCCUUUACCAUAGCCUUAAAUAUGUGGUUUUUUUUAAUAUGUUGCCAGCUAAAGCUCAUGGAAUUUACUAUGUGUUGUCUUUCAGAAAGUGAGAGAUGUACAUAUUAUGCUUUAGAAUUUCUAUUUCAGUUUCACUAUCCAUUUAGAUUCUUUUUUUUUUUUUUAACAGAAAGGAGGUAGAAGUGACCUUAGAUUGGUCAGAAGCAUUUUUGAAAAGGGGAAUUUUAGCCCCAAAAUAAAAGAUACCCAACAGUUUCUCAACUUAA